CUCUAGUAGCUCAGGAGCUACUAGUCGUGAAGAUAAAAGUGAGAUGGAAGAUAAAUUGUUAGUAGAAGCACAAGUAGCAGUACUAGCAGGUCUAGUAGCAGUAGCAGCAGUUCAAGUGAAGAUGUACCGAAAGUAUUGA